AUGGCGCUUCACAUAGGUUUCUAUGCAUACGGAAGUUUACUUCUUGCUACGGCUUUGGGCGGGUUCUUCCAUUUGUUAUGCAGUAGGGGCCAAACCAAGGCUUACCAACAGGGUCCCUUUUUGGUCUAUGCCAUUCUGUCGAUUAAUACGCUCCUGAUUGGGUUUGCCUCAUUGGCGCUGGGUAUCUACGGCAUUGCGGUGGCUCCAGAUGUGCAAAGUUCUCCCAGUUCUACCAUCCGUUCUGGUGGUACGGAUAAUUCUCGGAAUCGCUGGAUUUACGUAGUAGCGGGAAUAGCUGUGUCCCAAUUGGUUGUAGGCAUUGGUUAUUUCGCCGCGUUUAAGCGUCGGCAGUUAACCCUGAGGAAUAUGCACGCAAAACUGAUAGCUGAGAUGGACUUGUCCACCGAACCGGACAAUCGAUACGACCGCCAGUUUAAGAGGGCAAAAGCCCGCCGAGACCCCGGUGCCGUGGCCACCGUGUCCAAUACCACGUCGAAUCCACACAUAGACAUAACGCCAACGAUGGACAAUACUGACACCGGUGCCCUUUCUAAAGCCGUCGAUUACCCUACAAUCGGAUUUUCGGCCAACGAACCUCAGUAUGAGUACAUUUAUGUUCCAGAGGCACCAUUUCCUGCAAUCCAAUAUCCGGAUGAUUACGCUCCUACUACAGAUGCCGCACAUGGUGCAAUCCUAACGCCUCAGCCAGCCGAUCCCGCCACGGGAUAUUUUACUGAUCCCGCCCAAUACCCAACCGUCGUCCCCUUCCCGGGUGAGGCACCGGCGACCAUGUCUUCUUCAAUUUGCGCCAAAGAAGAAAUUCACAACAUGGAACUAGAGAAUGAGAAAAGUACUACCUUGAAUAGUACUGUCCCUAGCCUCCAAUACUCGUCAUAUACGAGGCUUGACGAAGAUAGCUAUUCCAUCAAGGACCACCGGCUCUACAUUGUCAAUAGGGCCCCAAGAGAUGAUUAUGAGUACGACUAUCCCUUAACACUGGAGGCCUACGAGGGUGACGAUGGAACGUCUAGCGUGAUGGCUGACACAGGAUCUUGGCUCGGCUCAAUCCGUCGAUAACUGCCAACUCCUUGCCUCUGUUCCGGACUCUGAUAACACCGUCCAUUUUCUGUGAUUUUUCUUUCUUUGUAAUGAUGUAUCUAUGUAAAUGUUUCUCUGCAACGUCGCUUUAACAUGAGGACAGUAACUGGUCC